AUGUACAAUCUUGAAGCAUCUUUCAAAUGUCCAGGAACUCUUCGAAGUUCCAUGGCGAGCUCUCAUCGACCUCCUGCGAUUAGAUCUGUAAUGCGUGGCGGCCAAUACCAGGUCAAAACGGCUGGCAUACCUACUGAUAUCUUUCGCAUGAAAGACUUGACUAUUAUUGACUUUUCACAUAAUCAACUAAGAGAAGUCCCUCCGAAUCUCGAAUAUGCCAGAGGUGCUAUAGUCCUUAACCUAAGUCACAACAACAUUGAGAACAUACCAAACCAGGUGUUCUCAAAUCUCAUCGACUUGCUGUUUUUGGAUUUAUCGAAUAACAAAUUGGAUAUGCUACCUCCUCAAAUCCGUCGGCUCACCAUGGUGCAAGAGCUUAAGCUCAUGACAUCCCUUCGUGUCCUACAUAUGCGUAACACCAAUAGGACUCUGGAAAACAUUCCUCCAUCUUUAGAUGAUCUAGAGAAUCUUAGGGAUAUCGACUUUGCUGAAAACAACCUUCCUGCCAUACCAGAAGCUUUGUUCAAGUUGAAAAAUCUGAGGAAGUUGGACGUCAGCGGGAACAAGUUUUUCUUUCUUAAUGUACGAGUUGUUAUUGAGAACCUCACUGUUUUGAAGAUCGAGAAGAUAACAAUACCUGAAGGGAGCUGGGAAAUGUUGGAAACAUUGAAUAUCAGCGGAAACGGUAUGACUUCUCUGCCCGAUGGACUUGUUAGACUGACAAAGUUGCAAAGGCUCUACGCUAGUGAUAACCAUCUUACCUUUGAAGGAAUACCAAGCGGCAUCGGAAAGCUCGUACAGUUGAUAGUUCUCCAUCUAACACGAAACAAUUUGGAGUUAGUACCAGAGGGAAUUACGCGGUGUGUUCGCCUCCAGCGGCUUCGACUAAACCAUAAUCGGCUCAUCACUCUACCCGAUGGUAUACAUCUCCUCCCUGAUCUCAAAGAACUCGAUCUCACUGAGUGA